AUCCUCCAUCUCCGUCUCCCACUCCCAGAAGUGUUGGGAUUAUAGGCAUGAACCACCACACCUGGCCUUAAUACAUCUUUGUGAUGACAAAACGAUGUUAUAAAUCAGGCAAAAAUAUUUUAAAAAUGUAUUGCAGAGAGAAUUUGUAUAUCUUGUGAAUGAGCUGUUCUAGGAACAGACUCUAGAAAAACUGGCCCAUGUAUCCCAGGAGACAUGCAUGGCUAUAGAAGCAGUUUUCACAGUAGCAAAAAUCUGGAAAUAGCCCAGGUGUCCAUGGACAGAAACACGGGUAAGCACAUUGUUCAGUAUUGGCAUGAUCACAUGGCACACAGUGGUGACAGUGGGUGAGUGGCAGCUAGCUGUGCAUAGCAAUAGAGAGAACUUCAGAAGCAGUAUAGAAUGCCACAGGCAGCCUGAGGAAGACGGCAUACUGUUCAGUUUUACUAGUGUGCAAUACAGUUAUGUUUUUUUUUUAAAAAGUGAGGGACUGAAAACCCAGUACCAGGGCUGUUUGCCUUGGGGGUCAAGGAGGUGGGGAGAGGGAAGUGAGGGGGGGCCAGGUGGCUGGACAUGGUGGUCAUGUUCCAGGCCUUGAGGGAGCUGUGGAGUCAUGGGGACUCAUUUUGUUUGUCCUCACAUGUGGUUUGCACAUAUUCUCUUAUAUGUACCUAAUGUUACAUAAUAAAACAUUUAAGAAGACAGAGGAACAACAAGAAAACAUUAGGGCUGGCUCAUGCCUUUUGUGGGGUAGACUCUGACAUUUAAGAGUUAGGAAGGAACAUUUCCUCCUAAUGUAUCCAGUCAGUGUUGCACAGUAAAUAAAACACUGGGAAUGUCUCCAGCAGAGGAGGAAAGAGGGAAGUAGUAUUUUUACUCUGCACCAAAAAAGGAAGUUUACCUUUCAACAUGAAGAGACUUUUUUUCCUGAGUGGUAUUUCAGAUGACAACAGCUAUUUCAAAGGAACAGUGCAGGUUUCUCAGGGUGUUAAAGUCAGUGUGACUGAUUUAGUAGAAGACACUGUUAAUAGCCAAAGAGGCAUCAUUUCUUAAGGGUGUGAGUUCUGAAGAACACGUUUUUAAGAAUAGUUUUAGAGUCUCUGUGUUGUUAUUUUGGACCUCGACCCUGACUGACUCCAUUGUAUUGCCAGUGUGUAGAACUUUCCACAUUUCAAGGUAAAAGUUUGUUUCAAUAGCGUUAAAGCCUCUUCCUUUUUGCUGACUGCACUGAAGGGAGCUGGGAAUGUCAGGUUCUAUCCUGGCUUAGCACUGAACCACUCUGGGUCCUGGCAUCUGCACGUGGUUGACUUCCAAGGCCCUUCUAGCUGUAACAUCUUUGCUCCUGCUUGCUUGACUUGGUGAGAGGCUGGGGAAAGAAUCUCUUAUGGCUCACAGAACGUGAGGUUGGAAAACAGUUGUUUCCAUGCCAUCUUUUGGCCUCAAACAUCUAGACAAGAGGUACCUUUCUAGGCCUGCAGAUUCAGCAAAGGAAAGUUCCUUGUUCUCACGAUUUUGAGCACUGAAUUUGUCUAAAGCUACAAAGAAUGAGAAUAAGAAUAGGGAUGAAGAGGAUGGGAUCAGAAGUCAGAGUCUGAGCGCAAAUCCUAGUCACACCAGUUGCUGGUAGUGCGGUCUUGGGUCAGUUACUUAGCCUCUCUUUACCUUACUUUCCUCCUCUGUAAGAUGUGAAUAAGAAGAAUCACUCCUCCAUAGGACUGUUACGAAGAUUCAAUCAGUGGACACAUGUGACCUGCUAAUUAGUAUUCACCAGCCUCUGCUUAGAGAGCCUCUUCUGUUUCUUACUGCUGUUUUAAUUCUGUUCUGUUACUAGUAUCAAAGAGCACAUCUGAAACUUUGCUUGGAAAUGCCAGCUGUAGAGGAGAAGAACAAGCAAGAUUGGUGAUGGUUUUAAACAGGUUGUGUGUAUAGUCUGGAGAGAGAUGCUUGUAGUAGACAAUGCCACCCACUCCUCUGGUAGGUGAUUCCCACCCAGUGUGUUCUCAUAGGGAUACUUCUGUGGGCUUUCAUCUGCUGCCGAGCUGUCCUCAGUAACCUGCUGAGAAACAUCCCUGUAGACAUACGCACCUUGGCAGGACAUUGGAAAGGAGGCAGGUAUUUGGACACCUCUUAUUUGCCAGUCCUACUCUUACCAACCCUCACAGCCAGGCUGAGCAGCACCUGUUACCUCCAUUUGAGAGGUGUGGAAACAGAGGCUCAGGAAAGCUCAGCUUGCCUCAGACCAUGCAGCUGGAAAGGCAGGACAUAAUCCCUGUGGCCGGAGUGAGAACCACAUAUUUCAGCCCUAGGCUGCUGCCCAGGCUCCUGGUGUUGCUCCUGAGUCCAGCUGUAAGAGGCAUCCAGUGGAUUCUCAGGCCCUGUGGUGCCUGGGCUUCGGCAGGUGCUGGUUCAUGUGGAGCAUGUAUUAAGCACUGGUAGGGCUGUUCCUGUUCCCAGGCAGUUUAUUAUUAGGCAGACAAUACAGCAGCUGCCCUUUAACUCAAGAGAUGGAGACCAAAAGGGAAACAGGAACUGGGAGAACAGCCUCAAGGUGUGAACUCUGGCAGUCUCUGAGUGGCGAGAUAAUGGGUAUCUUUAACAAUGUUCUUAUUUUUUGCUUGUGUGUCACAUGGAAGGUGUUUGUUGAGGGUUCAGUAUGUGCCAGGCACUGUUCUAGACAGUGGCAAAGAGGCAGGCUGGGCCCUGCUCUCAGAGGGGUUUUUGUGGGGGCAGGAGAGAAACAGAUAAAACAGGCAUGUAAGAAAUGUCAGAUAGAGGAGGGGCCCUGUUCCAGAAGACAGCUGGUGACAUUGAUAGAGAGUGCCUGAUGGGUUUUGAGGAGGCCAUGUGAUCUGAGUGACAAGGAGCCAGUCUAGUGACAGACAGAGGAAGGAUGCUAGGUGGGGGAAAUGGCAGGUGGGUAGAGUGCAAGGCAGGAGCCGGUUCCGGUCAUAGGGAAAGUGAUUGGAAACGAGAGUGCAGCAUGUGAGUGACACAUAAAGAGUUAACCCCUCAGGGCCCACCUCUGGGAUGCAGGGGCUCAUCCUUUGAGCUUCAGCUGAGGUGAGCCUGCUCUUGUGGUCUCUUAAGACCCUGGCUCACCACCCAUCCCUCAGUACUGCUCAGAUGAGGCUCAGCGGACAUCAACCAUCACUGCUACCAGUCUCUGCAAGUAACUACCUCCGAAAUCUGCCUUGUUCCUCCCAAGCUGCUGUGGGAAGUCAGAUGUGACCUCCUGGAGGCACAGAUGGGAGGGCAGAGUGUUCAUUUCUGUGUCGGGCACAGUGCUAAGUGCUGGGUGCUCGCUGGUGAUGAGGCAGAUGAAGGUUACCAAACUUGUGAACAGCAGCCUCAUGUCACAGACGUGGACCUCACUGUAGCCUGGUCAUGGCUUCCAGCUUUUCGAAUCUGAGGCUCCAAAGGAGGAAAUGACCAUUCAGGGAUCUUACUCCAGCUUGAUUACGGAAACUGAACCUUCAUAGGGUGCGCACUUACCAAGGACAGGAAAGUUUCUCUCUUUGAAGGGCUUUAAACUUGUAACAAAGAAAAUAAAAAUGACGACUUCGUCUAUCAGACGGCAGAUGAAAAACAUUGUGAACAAUUACUCGGAGGCAGAAAUCAAAGUCCGGGAAGCCACCUCCAAUGACCCGUGGGGCCCAUCCAGUUCUCUGAUGACCGAGAUCGCCGACCUGACCUACAAUGUGGUGGCCUUCUCGGAGAUCAUGAGCAUGGUGUGGAAGCGGCUCAAUGACCAUGGCAAGAACUGGCGGCAUGUGUACAAGGCGCUGACCCUGCUGGACUACCUCAUCAAGACAGGCUCCGAACGCGUGGCCCAGCAGUGCCGUGAGAACAUCUUCGCCAUCCAGACCCUGAAGGACUUCCAGUACAUUGACCGAGAUGGCAAGGACCAGGGCAUCAAUGUGCGUGAGAAGUCAAAGCAACUGGUGGCCCUCCUCAAGGAUGAGGAACGGCUGAAGGCUGAGAGGGCCCAGGCUCUCAAAACCAAAGAGCGCAUGGCCCAGGUUGCCACUGGCAUGGGCAGCAACCAGAUCACCUUUGGGCGAGGCUCCAGCCAGCCGAACCUCUCCACCAGCCACUCGGAGCAGGAGUAUGGCAAGGCUGGGGGUUCCCCAGCCUCCUACCAUGGCUCGCCUGAGGCCUCGCUGUGCCCCCAGCACCGCACAGGGGCCCCGCUGGGUCAGAGUGAGGAGCUGCAGCCACUGAGCCAGCGCCACCCCUUCCUGCCGCACCUGGGGCUAGCCUCCCGCCCAAAUGGUGACUGGUCCCAGCCCUGCCUCACUUGUGACCGCGCAGCCCGAGCCACCUCCCCACGAGUGUCCUCCGAGCUGGAGCAAGCCCGGCCCCAGACUAGUGGAGAAGAGGAGCUUCAGCUGCAGCUGGCACUUGCCAUGAGCAGAGAAGUGGCUGAGCAGGAAGAACGCCUCAGGCGGGGUGAUGACCUCAGAUUACAGAUGGCCCUGGAAGAAAGCCGAAGGGACACAGUUAAAAUUCCAAAAAAGAAAGAGCACGGCUCUCUCCCACAGCAGACUACGCUGUUGGAUUUAAUGGAUGCUCUCCCCAGCUCAGGCCUUCCGGCCCAGAAAGUGGAGCCCUGGGGCCCGUCAGCCUCCACUAACCAGACCAACCCCUGGGGCAGGCCAGCAGCUCCUGCGAGUGCUUCAGACCCCUGGCCAUCAUUUGGUACCAAGCCAGCUGCCUCUGUUGACCCAUGGGGGGUGCCCACUGGAGCCAGCACACAGUCUGUCCCCAAGAACUCGGACCCCUGGGCAGCUUCACAGCAGCCUGCCUCCGGUGCCGGGAAAACAGCUUCUGACGCAUGGGGUGCAGUCUCCUCCACCAAGCCCGUGUCUGCCUCUGGGUCCUUUGAGCUCUUCAGUAAUCUGAAUGGUACAAUUAAAGACGACUUUUCUGAAUUUGACAACCUUCGGACUUCAAAAAGAACAGCCGAAUCUGUGACCUCUCUGCCAUCCCAAAACAAUGGAACUACCAGCCCUGACCCCUUUGAGUCUCAACCCCUGACCGUUGCCUCAAGCAAGCCCAGCAGUGCCCGGAAAACACCUGAGUCCUUCCUGGGCCCCAACGCAGCCCUGGUGAACCUGGACUCACUGGUGACCAGGCCCGCCCCACCAGCCCAGUCCCUCAACCCUUUCCUGGCACCAGGUGCACCCGCCACCUCGGCCCCUGUUAACCCCUUCCAGGUGAACCAGCCCCAGCCGCUGACGCUGAACCAACUUCGGGGGAGCCCAGUCCUGGGGACCAGCACAUCCUUUGGGCCUGGCCCAGGAGUGGAGUCCGUGGCUGUGGCCUCGAUGACCUCCACGGCCCCACACCCAGCUCUGGGGGCCACUGGUUCCUCUCUGACCCCACUGGGCCCUGCAACAAUGAACAUGGUGGGCAGUGUGGGUAUCCCCCCAUCUGCAGCCCAGGCCACUGGCACAACCAACCCUUUCCUUCUCUAGUGCCUGGCUUGGGACCCACCCAGAGCACCUGUGCUGGAGGAUGCUGAGCAGGGACUCUCGUCUGUGGGACGGGAUCCAAGAGUUUGGGGAUUUAGGGGUAUUAGGGCUUUUCAGCUCCAGCUUCCUGAUGAAAGGGCUGUCUUUACAGCCCCAACCCUCAGACCCUCGCCUUCCAAGGCAGGCCCACUUGGCCUGGCCUGCUCUCACCACCUCCUCCCAAGCACUCAGGUCCUGGCAGGGCCCCUCUGAGGCCUUGGAUGAGGAGGUGGAGUCAUCAGUGUUGCCCUUGCCCCCAGCCUCAACCAGAGGGUCUCCAGGACGUUGCCUGUCCCAGGACUUGGGACAGUGGCCUCAUCUUUGUCCUCCCCACCCCCCAGCCCUAGGGACACCCCAGGCAGUCCUGGGUGUGGACACGAUGAAGCACCUGCUCCAUAAGACACUGACCUUUUGGGGAAGUGGUUGUGCAUAUUUUAUUUUUCUUUGACUCGUGUGAGUUCAAAGUAAACACCACCACCAUGGACAACUCUUGAAUUAAAUCCACUAGAGCGAGCUUUAAAACUAAUCUGAGCAUAACCCCCAACGUGGCUCUAUGCUUGUGUACCUUUGCACAUAUUUUGUUUAGUACAGUUUCAUAUUUGAGUUUGCAGAAUUAUCUAAUAGUCUUUUUUUGGCUAAUAUUUUUAUAACGUGGUUCUUAUUUAACUGUCUAGUUUUGAUAGAAUUUACCAGGUCUGGCUGAAUGAAGAUAUUGGCACGUGUUAUUUUAGUGGUUUAAAUCCUCUUAUUUAUGGUUUUAACUCUAAGAAAAUUUUAAAAGGAAGAGAUGUUUGGAUGACAAAAAAAAAUGCCUUAUUGAAAAACUAAAGCAAAUUCUUUAUAGGAAGAAAAUAUGGGAAUUUGAUUACACAUAGAUGAUGUUUAUUUAAAAAAAAAAAAAAAACUACAACAGCAACAAAAAAUCCUAGCCUCCAGUUGCCUUUUCCUUUCUUUAACUCCUGUUUUUGGUGAAUUACUAAACUGAUUGACUUUCAGCCUUUUUGGCUAGAUCCUGAGCGAGAGGCUAUUUUUCUUACUGAUAUACCAACAUCCUGAAAGUUAAAGAAAAAAACCUAAUGUAUGAAUGUGACUCACCAGUUUUUAUCAACUAAUUCCUUUUUUUAAUUAAAGGCAUGCAGGGAUUAACAAGGACUUCUGUUUACAAUGGAAAUCUGAAAUGGAAGAAACAUCUUUAACCUUGUGUGUCUGUGAUCUCUGUCUUAAUCCACACUCAGGCUAAAGAUGGGGAUAAUGUGGAAAUGGCAGUUGUCCUGAGGGCAUGGGGGUGGGGGUGCUUCUGUGCCCAUGGGUCCCUGGGCAAUAGUCCCUAGGCUAAGACGGGAGUGGGAGCCUAAGGGACCAGGGCUGGCCCUGAUCCACCUACCUGCUAACUCCAGACAUUAUUUUUAAGUUGGAGACCUAAAAAUAAUUCUCUUGUAUUUUGGAGAUGAAGAAAAAAGUCAUUCACCCGGUACAGAUUUUUAACAAACAUGCGUUAAUAUUACCUCCCUCUUCUAAACUCCUGCUGUCCUCACCUCACCCACCACUGUAAAAGUAUUACAUCAUGCAUUAAAGACCAGAAAAAACUUGCUUUUACCCAGGGAAGAGACAUUCCCCCAAUCCUGUGUCUGGGCAGCUUGCCUGGUGGACGUUUCUGGCCCCGUUUCCACCAUGGGAAUUUCUCACCUCCAGCUCUAAGGGCAGCCGACCACCUGCCAGCCCCUCUCUGGUUCCAGAAGAUCUAACCCUUCGCACUAGCGUAGGAGAGAUCUUAAAUGGUCUCCGGGCUGCUGGGACAUGCAGGCUGUGAGUGAGGACUGCACCCACUCAUGCUGUUCCUGAGGCCGCCCUCUCCAGUCCCAGGAGCCAUGUCUAGAGUUCCUGACCAGCCACCCUCUGCCAGAACUGCAGGCCUGGGGCUGGGCCUUAGGCUCCUGCUGCCAUUCGGGUAAGCCGGUGGCUGGUCUCUUCUGCCAGGGGAAGGGUGGGUGGGGAGGUGCAGUGGGAUGGGAGGUGGGAUGCUUGCCCAGAAAGGUGCUUUCCUUCAGAUGGUGCAGGGUCUGGGCCAGCCUUACAGGUCAGUAGACCAGACUCGACUACUUGGGGUCAGUGAUUCUUUUGUAACAGAAGAGCCCUUCAUGACACAACUUUGAGGCCCCAACAUGACAGCCACUGGGCCACCAGGACCCAAGAAGACAGCCCCCCACCCCAUCUUCUGGCACAGGCCAUCCCGAGUGCAUGUCCCUGUUGCCCACUGCACUGAUCAUGAAGCCACCGGCCACUGCCACGCGUGUUGGCACCUGUGCCAUCAUGCUCCCUCCUGAUGGGCACUGUGGUGGAGGAAGUCACCCAGCUGUUUCUCAGUCCCAGAGGCCGGUGGCUGGUUUUGAACUUGUGUUGACUGUUGAUACUUAUUUACUGUAUAAAUAUAAUUUAUCAUUUGUACCAUGA